AUGUCCAUCAUACGAAAAGCCUGCGACGCCUAUAUGACAAAAGCAGAGAAUCUCCGAGUGAGUGAAGAAAAUGUGGUUUAUAUUGAGAAGAAAGGUUUGAAGCACACUACUGGACACAGGACAAAAAUCGUCGUCGACCGUCAUCACGAGGUGGAGCCUCCGGAUGAUAUUAAUGACUUGAUUUUAGAAUUUCUGAACAACCCUAUCAAGACACGCAUAAUAUUUACAAUUAACUCCGGUGGUCAGCUUUAUCCGUCCUACAGUUUUCCAGUCAGACCGCGUACAAAAGUUGCAUACUUUAUACGAAAUUCAACGCCACUUAACUUAACAGAGGACAAUAUGCUUGAUUCAUUAUUGAUUGGUGAUCUAUUACCAAACCCAUUGGCCAAUCUCUCAGUACUCUGUGAUGAAGUGUUUUUUCCGCUACUUAAUAACACAGUCAAUCAAGUGGGUUGGACUAGUGUAAUUGCAAACGACAUGAAAACCGAGUCCCAAGAAAUGCGUAACGGUAUUGCUCAAAUGAAAGGACUUGUUAUAAACCGAACUAUUUUUCCUCUGCCGAUUUGCAUGGAUGAAGUUAUGAAAGCAGCUCCUGAAAUAGCCACAAACGAUAUUUUCGUAGUUAACCCUCUAAUGAAGCACUCGCUUGAGUUCAUGGUCGUAAAAUGGCUGGACUCUGUUGAAGAUCUUGUUAAUAUCAAAGCUGCGGAAAAAAUUAAUUCUAAAGAAAAUUAUCCCUUACCCGAGGCCAUAUUUUCCUUUUGGGAGUCGCGUUUGGAAAAUCUUGAAAGCUUGGCUGAUCAGUUGGGUGAUAGACGUAUAAAAACAAUUGGUUUUGUUCUUGAGAAAAUUCAAUCUAUUUUUGAACACUCUUAUCGGAGAAUCGUUGAACUCGUACUAGAGUCUUUGGCAGAAGCUAGGGAUAUAACUAAAUUUCUAGCCCCAUUGAAAAAAAAAAUGGACAAGUUUGAGUCAAACGACAUGGAUGAUAAUCGACAAGACAUACGCUCACUAAUGCUAACAGUUGGAUUGGUGUGGGGUCACUCCCGCUACUUUCACACACUUAACAACAUGACACUUUUCUUUAACUUAUUCCAUAACUCCCUCAUCGACUGCGUCAACAGAACUGUUGAGCCUGAUUCUAUAUUUCAAGGUGACGUUGACGAAGCCUAUAAGAAGGUGGAAACAAACAUACAGCACCUGGAUUAUUAUAAAUACAUAUAUAGGGAGUGCCGAAAGUCUCUCAAGAAAUUUAAGAUCGGUACAACAUUCAACUCGCAAGAUUGGACCUGGCAUCCCGAAGAAGUGUUUGGACGACUAGACAAAUUUUUGGUCCGAUUGGAGGAACUAAAAGACUUGUUCAAUACUGGACGAGACUUCCAAAAGUUGGAGAAGAUUGUCAUGGGAGGCCUUAAAGGACGACUUAUUACUACCGGAUUGGAAAAGAUUCUAGAAGAGUAUAACAGCAUCUACCGCGAUUGGACAAACGUGCAGUACAACCCGAUUGAUCCAGACGCAGAAAACUCUCACUUCGAGAAAGAUCGCCUUAUCUUCAAGGCAAAGACUGAUAUAAUGGAGCGAAUGGUCUCAUUUCAGUUUGAAAAAGCGCUCGAAGAUACACAUGAACUACUUCUAGCGGGAUCACUUCUUCUUCGGCCCAUUAUUAAAAAGCACAUUGAACCAUUAAUGCAUGUAGUCGUAGAUGACUUCGAGGAAGAGAUCACGUGCGUGAAAGAAGAUUUUAACAAUUUCAGGAACGUUUUCAUAGUGCUUGGGUUAAACGAACUCCCUACGGACGAAUGUUUUCCAAAGGUUUCAGGAGCGGUGUCGUAUUUAAAAAAGCUUAGACACCGAAUAACGACUUUGCACAAAGAGCACGAACUCUACGAAUAUCCACUGUUUGACAACGAACGCGGUGGCUAUGUUUUUGAGAAUUAUAAAUUAGUAGUUCAGGAAAUCGAUGACUUUACCAAAAUCAUAUUGGACAAAUGGUCCAGUGAGUGCUGGCAAGGAAUUCAGCAAGACAUAAUUUUAACACUGCUCGAAAAAAAUGAUGCAAACGAGCUUCGGGUUAACUUUACUGAUAGACUUAAAGUUGCUUUGAAAGAUAUAAAGGUCAACCGACUUCUUGGCUGCGACAUUUCCCAUAACUUGACUCGUUUCUUUGGAAGGGAAGAUGAGCUUUGGCUAGCUCGUAUCAAGCUGAUGCGCAUUGCUGAGUGGUAUAACGACACGUUUGACCGUGCUCACCCUACCGAAAAGGGAAUAAUAGCGGCGGAAAUGUCUAUGAUUGAAGAUCAAAUGAAUCCACUAAUAAAAUCUAUAAAAUGGAUCGCUUUUAGUAAGUUUGUAUUAGAGUCCCUAGAAUCGAUUGGACGCAAAACAGCAAGAAAAAAAACCUAA